CGCCGGGACGCCGCACAAGAAGAAGACACACACACACAAACAACGCAUGCACACCACCAGCCAGCCAAACGCGCAACCACCCCAUCAUCAUCAACGAGUGGGUUGAUGUGAAGUGACAAACCACCCAUCCAGCCAUCCAUCCAACCUUUGGUGUGGUGUGCUGCUGUCACACCGCAUCACAACAUUGGAGCAUCGCCCAGCACAGCCCAGCACAGCUCAGCACAGCACAGCUACUUAGCGAUCCAGAAGAGUGGAAUAUCUAGCAGGGAAAUCAAGCAGGGAAAUCAAAGCAACGUCACUGUUCACUUGCGUGUCACAUCACAUCACACACAGCGGAGAAACCAACAACAACAAGAAGCCAUCCAGCAUCGCGUCUGAAGUCAUCAUUGGCGACUCUUGUUGAUUGGUGUGAACGACGACGGAAGCACACGUGCGCGUGGCGCCGACAUUGAGCAGCGACACAAACACAUAGCUCGUGACGCGCGAAGCGCGCGUGUGCUUGCUCUGUGCCUGUGUGCCAGUGCUAGUGCCUGAGUGAGUGAGUGUGUGUGUGUGUGUUGUGUGUUGCGUCAGGCCAUCUGGGAGGCGCGUGCUCACGGCCUUCGUGGUGAACAACCCCUCCUCCUGACCAAGGAGGGAGGGCUGAGGCGCUCGGCUCAGGAUGAACGGGCUGCACGUCGACAUGGACGGAUUCAUUGAGGCUGUGCGCGUCAGCUGCGACGCCAUGGCGCACCCAGACCUGCGAUCCAAGGCACUUGAACACAUUGCGGAGCUGGAGGCUGCACCAGCAACCUGGAUCAUGUGCAUGGACGGGCUCUCCAACAGCUACUGGGAGACGCUCGAGUCGCAGUUUUACAGCUUCAAGGUGAUUGAAAAAGCGGUGAGGCAUCGGUACCCGUCGCUGACAGCAGAGGAGCAGCAGGCGCUUCGCGAGUUUCUCAUGUCGUACAUGCGGACACACGACCUCUCCCAGCCAGCGCUCAUCCGAAACAAAGUCGCCCAGAUCUUCGCACUCGUGUUUGUGCAGGACUACCCUGGGUCGUGGCCGACGUUCUUUCAGGACGUGAUUGAGCACGUAUCCGAGCAGGCGCCGGCAGACCUCUUCCUCCGCAUCCUCCAGGCAAUCGACGAACAGGUUGCGGCCACGGAGAUCAGCCGCAAUGCUGAGGAGGCGGAGGCGAGCGCGGCGCUCAAGGACGCCAUGCGCGAAUACGAUCUUUCCCGCAUCGCACAGGCCUGGCUCACAAUCAUCACCACGUUCGCAACACCCGCGCCGGAGCUAGCGGCGCACUGCCUCGAUGUCAUUGCCACCUACAUCCUCUGGAUCGACGUCAACCUCAUCGUCAACCAGCACUUCCAACAGGCGCUGCACGAGUGUGUGCGAGUCGGCUCGCCCGUGCGGGAGGCGGCCUGCCGCGUGAUUGACGCCGCCCUCACCAAGGGCAUGCCCGCUGCUGGGCGCCUGGCCGUCGUGGACGAGCUACGCGUUGGUGACGUCCUUGAGCGCAUCUGCUCCGAUGCGGAGCUGCAAGCCGACGCAGACCUCAUGACGGAGGUUGCAGCCAUAGUCAACACCCUCCUCACCACCCUCAUUGGCGGCCUAGCAGAGCUGGCUGCUGACUCGCCCGAGAUUGCCGCCACCCACGCCACCGUUCGCCGCAUUCUCCCCAUCGCCCUCAUGCUGUUUGGCGCUGAUGACGACGGCGUUUCGGAGCGCGUCAUCCACGGCAUCAACACAUAUCUCCACCACCUCAAGCAGCGGUCGGAGCUUGGGGAGGCGGAAGCGGCAACCUUUGCAGUGAUUGCAGACAAAGCGCUGAUGAAGAUGCAGUUUGAUGGCGAGGACGAGUUUGAGAACGAGGAGGCACUGGCCCUCUUUCUCGAGUUUCGCGUGCAGCUCAAGUCUGUCCUCGUCAACCUCUCCCACAUUGACCUGCAACGCCUGCUUGCCGUUGCGGCUGCGGUUGUGUCACACCUUCUCUCACCGUCGGAGGACCACCCCUGGCAGCGCGUCGAGCUCGGCCUGCACAUUGUCUUUGUCAUGCAGGAAAUUGGCGCCGGUGUUCCCCUUGACGACGGCGAGGACAGCAGCGAGGGCGCCGGCCACCCCAUGCGGUCCAUGCUUGAACAGGCCGUGCACUACCCCGUCUCGCACGCCUGCCCAGAGCCGCUCCUGCAGCAGUACUUUGAAGUGCUUGGGCGGGCGAGCAAGUUCCUUGCGCGUGACGUUGACCGCCUCAUGCCGGCACUCGGCACGUUCUUCUCCGCAGCAGGCAUGCAGCACCCGAGCUCUCGUCUCAGAUCACGGUGCUGCUAUCUGCUGUGCACGGUGCUGCGUGACAAGAGCGUGCGGGAGACGGCCACCGCCCUCAUCCCAGAGAUUGUUGAGCACCUUCUCCCUUACUUCCACCCAUCGGGCAUGCAAGAGGAGCAGGGUCGCCUCAACUUGCUUGAAGCUGUCAGCUGGCUGCUCGCCCACCACUCCAUCUCCAUGGAGGAGAAAGUGUACCGCAUUGGACAGUUUGUUGACCCGAUGGUGUCUGCCUUUAGUGCCAAGUUGGAGGAGGCUGUGCACGCGCCGGGCACCGCCGCCCAGCAGGAGCAGCGCUGUGCAACGCUCGUCUACCUCAUCAACGCCGUCAUUCUGUUGGGAGGGAGCGCUGGGGUUGAAGAUGGGGACUGA